GUUUUUCCAAAUCCUUAUGUGAGAAUUAACCCAAAUCUUUACGCAUUUACACACUAUAAAAAGGGCCUCAUUUUAUUUCCAAUAUGAUUGGCAACAAAUUUGCAUUAACCAACAUGGCUUUGUUUCGUUCACUGUUACUAAUUAUUUUUAUUGUUGCUGUUUCUUCAUGUCAAACCAAUGCCCAACUCUCUCCUAAUUACUAUUCAUCCACUUGCCCGCAAGCUUUAUCUAUAGUGAAGGCCGAAGUUGCCGCUGCUAUAAAGAACGAAACUCGCAUCGGAGCUUCGCUGCUGAGAUUACAUUUCCACGACUGCUUCGUUAACGGUUGUGAUGGGUCGGUACUUUUGGACGAUAACUCGACGUUUAUAGGUGAGAAAACCGCGGUUCCGAACAAUAACUCGGCGAGAGGGUUCAACGUCGUCGACAACAUCAAAGCUCGGCUGGAGAAAGCGUGUCCUGGAGUUGUAUCCUGCGCUGAUAUUCUCGCCAUUGCUGCUCGUGAUUCGGUUGUUCGGUUAGGGGGUCCGUCAUGGAAAGUAAGGUUGGGAAGAAGGGAUUCGACAAGCGCUAGCAGAAGUGCCGCAAAUACCUCUAUUCCACCGCCCACCUCUAAUCUAAGCGCUCUUAUUUCAAGCUUCUCAGCUCAAGGCCUCUCAAUAAAAAACCUUGUAGCACUUUCUGGUUCACACACCAUUGGCCUCGCCCGCUGCACAUCAUUUCGGUCACACAUUUACAACGACUCCAAUAUAGACCCCUCCUUUGCCAACUCGUUGCGACGGAUUUGCCCGAGAAGCGGCAACGAUAGUGUGCUCGCCCCUCUCGACCGUCAAACACCAACUUGUUUUGAUAACUUAUACUACAAGAAUUUGUUGGAUAAGAAGGGUUUGCUUCAUUCAGAUCAAGAGAUCUUCAACGGAAGUUCUUUAACUGAUGGUUUGGUUAAAAAGUAUGCAGCCGAUACUUCAUUAUUGUUCAAGGAAUUUGCCAAGUCUAUGAUCAAGAUGGGAAACAUUAAACCUCUCACAGGAAAUGCUGGGGAAAUCAGAAUCAACUGCCGGAAAGCAAAUUGAAACAUGUUUCCAUACUUGCAAGAAAUUUUAUUUAAAAAAAAAAAAAAAGUUAUCUGUCUGUUGUUUGAAGUGAGUGAUUGAGAUGUUCAUAUAAUUUAAAUUUGUACUAUCCUUUUCUUUUUUUUUUUUUUUUCUCUCCUUCUUUUAAUAAAAUGUUUAUGCAAUAAAAGAGCACUUGUACCUGUAAGAUUUUCGAUUUCAAAUAAAAAAAUAAUUAGAGUUUUUUAA